UUAGCGUGCAACUUUUACAUUCAACUAGUCAAAGGUGAAAACCAAUGCCGACUUCCAACGACAUCAGUAGACCCAUACCGGAUGUGCCAAAAGUGCCUGCUCCGGCUCAGCCAUCCCCUUUACCGCCUGAGCCUGAUGCUGAGCCGGAAAUCAAGUUACCACCCAAUGUGGAUACUCCACCGGAUCACCUCCCGCAACCGACUCCUCCUCCGCAGGUGCUUCCACCCUACAAAGGGAUACGAGCAACCCUCAAAGAGAUAUUUGAAAGUCGCAAUGCCUCUGGAUCCGAUAGCGGUAAAUCACCCGACAAAUGGGAUGAGUCGUGUUUUCAGUGGUGUAAACAGCAACAGGAGGCAAGAAAAGACGGCAAGGAACCUGCGUGCAAAAUGGUAUGCUUUCGACGGCGAGUUAAUCAGUUGGUAAAGGAAAGCGAUGAAAAAACCCCAUCGCCGCCGGAACGCUGGAAUCCUCUUCGUGGAUUUUCUAUUGUGAUAGUGGAUGGAAAGGCCAACUGUGAAGAUCAUGUUGACGAUAUGAAUAAAACUGCCAUGGAUCGAGCGAAGUCCUCAGAGUGAGUACAAUGAGCGUGAGGGGCCUACAUACAUCUAUCUUGCCAUUUACAAUCAUGUGUUACAUUUUCCAGCAAAGGUCCGUCUGUG